AUGGCUUUUCUUGCCUUUAUGCUUCUUUUUCUACCUAUGUUAGCUAUGUCAAUAGAGAACACAAACAUGAUGAGCAACAACAUGGCAAAGCCUGGAUGCCAAACAAAAUGUGGGAACUUGAGUGUUCCUUAUCCAUUUGGUAUCGGUAUAGAUGCUGGUUGCUCUAUACAUCCUAUAUUUGACAUCAGGUGCAACACUUCCUCGAACCCUCCAAUUGCCUAUCUCAACACCGGAGCCACGAAUGUACUAAACAUAACAACUAAACCCAUGGAGGUCAUCGACAUAUCAACUAGCCAAAUACGUAUUAGAAACGUGUUGGCAAGCAAAUGUUAUGAAGAAAAUGGUGAACUAUCUGCUCAACAACUUGUGUUUCUCAAUACAGGAGUGUCGUUUUUCACGUUAUCUGAGAAAGAUAACAAGUUGAUUCUUAUAGGAUGUGAUGAUUUGGCUAUGGUUUUUGGUUUUUCGUUAUAUGAAGGGAAGAAUUUCAGCACUGGUUGUAUGACAACUUGCAAGAGGUCAGGAUUGUGGUUAGAAACUCAACAACUUAUUCAUGUAUGGAACAUAGUCUAUGUGUUGAUUCUGAAAGUGGACGUGGAGGUUAUCGUUGUAUUUGUGAGGAAGGAUAUGACGGAAAUCCUUAUCUUAGUCCAGGCUGUCAAGAUAUCGAUGUGUGCAACGAGCCCUUGUGAUGGAAUUUGCAUAAACACUCCAGGAGGGUUUGAGUGUUCGUGUCCGAAGGGAUAUUUUGGCGAUGGAAAGAAGGGACGUGGUUGCCAGAAGGAGCAUGAUUUCCCCAUCUUAAAGUUAUCUCUUGGUUUAGGUCUUGGAUUGUUGUCAAUACUGCAAAUGCCAUCCAAUUUAAACAAAGUGUUUACGAUAGAAGAGCUUGAAAAAGCCACAAACAAUUUCUCAGAAGAUGAGAUUCUUGGAGAAGGCGGAAAUGGUGUAGUUUACAAAGGUGUUCUACCAGAUCAACGCGUAGUUGCAAUCAAGAAAUCAAAACCAAAUAGAAGAGUUUAUAAAUGA